AAUUGAUGGAGAGUAUUUAAGAUUUAAAAAACUUGAUGUAUAGUCUUUUGCUUAUUAUUAAGAGGUCACAAUUUUAAUGCUGGGAAUUUUAGUAAAUAUAUGAUAAACAAUGAUAUUGCAGAUGUCGAUUAAUUAAUCAAGGAUUGCCAAUUAGAAAACUCAGGGCAAAGAUUCAAUAUCUGGAGACUAUUUUUAAGGUAAUCAAUCAUUGAAACUUAGAAUAUAUUCAAAAGAGGAUUCAUUUACCUAAAAAAUCGAAAAGCUAACGAAACUUAGAGAAAAUUAUAAAGAAUUAGAAAAUAAACAUCUAAAAACUUAGAAUACCUAAGCCCAAAACAAAACUGAAGAUUCAACAAAAAAAGGACCAUUAGGAGGUCCUCUAGGAGGUCCCUUAGGUGGUGGCAAAUAAAAAUAACAAUCCUCUAAUGCAAUUGAUAAUGUAGAAUUAAGAAAUGAAAUCCGAAAAGAUGUUGAAAGAACUUAUCAAGAAUUUGAAUUCUUCUCUUCAAAACGAGUUUAAUAAAUACUUACAACAGUAUUAUUUAUUUGGUGUAAAGAGAAUAGUGAGAUAUCAUAUAGACAAGGAAUGAAUGAAAUCGCUGCUUCAUUAAUAUAUAUUUAUACUAAGGAAGCAUUAUAUAAGGAGGAAGUUGAAAAAUACGAAGAAGUAACUCUCAUCAUAAUUAUUAGGCAACCGAAGAAGAAAUAAACAUUCUCUUGUAAUUCAACUCUUGGGAAUAUGCAGAACCUGAUAUUUACACAUUGUUCACUGCUCUAAUGAAUGAUGCUUAACAUAUGGAGAUGUUUAGACCAAAUUACACUGAAUAACAAAAAAUUAAGCUUUAAAGCAAGAAGCCAAGUGCAAUUUUGACAAGAGUUGCAAAAUUAUAAGACAUUCUAUUGAAGUAAGUGGAUUUGCAAUUAUUUCGACAUCUAAAACUUCUUUAAGUUGAAUUCUAGAUCUUCCUGUUAAAAUGGAUAAGGUAUCAUAUCUAAUAUAAUUCUUAGAUGUAUUUUUACAAGAGAAUUAUCAUUAAUAGAAUCAUUUCAUGCUUGGGAUGCAAUCUUUUAGGAUUUCUUUAUACAAUAAUGUGACACAUUAUUCUUUGUAGACUGUAUAGCUAUUGCAAUGAUAAUUUACUUAAAAAAUCAAUGUAACUUAUUUAUCCUCUAACCAUUGUAGUAAUGGAAAAUGAAGAAUCAAGUCAAUGUUAUCAAAGAUUCUUGAAAUUCCCAAAAAUAUCCAAUCUUUCAAACUUAUUAGAUACAGCAACCUAAAUAAGAAAUAUAUUGAUUUCUUAAAAGUCUUCAAAUAAUUUAGAUGACAACGUUGAAGGAACAGAAAAAAUAGAAAAACUAAUAAGUCCAGCUUUUUUUGUUGCUGAUAAAGUAGAUACAGAUCCAAAGGCCCAAUAAGACAAAGUCAAAAGUCGUGAAUAACCCUAGCCACCUUAAUUAAAGUCACAACCAGUUUCAUAGUAAGCAACUUAAAAUGAGGAGGAGCAAUCUUAAUCACCUUAAUCAUAAAUUAAUGAAAAACAACCAGUAAAGCAAUAGGAGUAACAAACAGUGUUCUUUGAUGACAAAAUUAUGGCAUCAAAUACAAAGGCUUAAAGAUCUUAAUUUACUGUCGAAGAGAAUGCUUAACAGAAAGAGACAGUCUAGGAAAGUGAAGAGAAAUAAAAGCCAAUUAAAUUGUCAAUAAAAGCAGUAUAGGACAUCUGUACAACUAUAGAGGAAGCCUUUAAUGUGAUUAAAAAAGGCAAUGAAAGGUAUUCUGAUGUUUUUAAUUAAUUAGUUAGAAUCAUUAAGAAUUGAUAAUUAGUUUGGCUGAACUUAAAUAAUAUCUGACAAAAUAAAUAACAGAAGUUGAAGGAAAAUAAGGGAACUCACAAGAUGAUGGUUAAAGAAACAAAAAUGGUGGAUUUGUAAUUAAGAAAUAGCUCACAGGUUAACAACUUCCUCAAGAAGAUAAUGGAAUCAAGAGCAAGAUGGCAGGUUUCUUCAAAAAAUGGUGAUGAAUG